AAUACAACUUAGCGACGUGAUAGCGACCUGAGGGUAGGCCACUUUACAUCUCCUGGUCGGGGAGGGGACGUCCGAGCUGAGACCUAAUUGAUGUGAAAGGAGCCCUGAGAAGGUAGAGCCCAGGGGAGGGGUAAGAAGGAAGAACGCCCGAGGCUGCAGGAAACUGCAAGGGCUAGAGCUCCGAGCCGGGAACCACCGAGUUCAGGGCUCGAUGUUCCACCCCGCUGGCUCCCGUGGGCCGUCGGAACCCCCGCCUCCCGCCGCUGGCUCCCGUCGGAACUCCUGCAGCCCCCAGGACAGCCCGCCCAGGAGCAACCCCCAGAAACAGAGAUGCGAGGACUCCGGCCCGGGCGGAGUCACCGGGAAGCUCGGCGGGGCCUCGCGGGCUGGCUAGGAGCCCGCCCAGAGGAGGCGCCGCGCCGAGCCGUCCCGGGCUUGGCUCGUGUGUCUCCCGCUGGAAUGUAGGCUCCAGGAGGGAGGGACUGCUUUGUCCAUCGUUGCAUUCUCGGCUAUUUCAGUACUUUCCGAGGGCCCCUUCCCGAUGGGCUGCAUGUUGGAGGUCACACGGGCAGCCAGUCGAGGAGUCCUGCCCUACACGCCGGGGCUGGGGAUAGUGCUGUGCCCCAGGAAUCAUGUAAUCAAAGGGCCGAGCUGUGUGGCCAGACCAGAGAGGCCCCUGCCCUCUUGCUGGGAGCUCUGUGGCUGUAUCAACCCUCUCCAUGCCUCCCGGUCUGGAACAGGCAUAUUAUCCUUCUCUCUGGGUUCUCUGAUAUCCAGUUUUUUGCAUGAUCCUCCCAAUCACCAUUUGAGAGAAGAGUCAGGGAUGCCAGCCCAUUUCACAGAUGAAGACACUGAGCCUCAGGGCACACAGCAAGUAGAGGCCACAGGGCUGAGGCCCAGGUCUCCUCCAGGGCCAGCCUUCUUUGCCCAACAGGGGCACAGAGCUGCCUUCUCCUCUGACCUGUGGCCACCGUCUCCCCUCACAGUGCUUAUAGGAGCCAUGAAGCUGAACGAGAGGAGUGUGGCCCACUACGCACUGAGCGACUCCCCGGCAGACCACACGGGCUUCCUGCGCACUUGGGGGGGUGCAGGGACUCCGCCGACCCCCAGUGGCGCUGGCCGAAGGUGCUGGUUUGUCCUCAAAGGCAACCUGCUGUUCUCCUUUGAGAGUAGGGAGAGCCGGGCCCCGCUGAGCCUGGUGGUGCUGGAGGGCUGCACGGUGGAGCUGGCCGAGGCUCCCGUGUCUGAGGAGUUCGCCUUCGCCAUCCGCUUCGACGCCCCUGGCGUGCGCCCACACCUGCUGGCGGCAGAUGGGCCGGCGGCCCAGGAGGCCUGGGUGAAGGCACUGUCCAGGGCGAGCUUUGGCUACAUGCGCCUGGUGGUGCGCGAGCUGGAGAGCCAACUGCGCGACGCCCGCCACAGCCUGGCCUUGCGUCGCCACUCAUCCUGGAAGGCUGGUCCCGGCCACCAAAAGCCCCAGGCUCCUGAGCGCCCGUCUCCGGGCCCAGAAAACGGCCACCCCGUCUCCAAGGAUUGCCGGCCCGAGGACCUGGUUGAAGAAAGGGGCAGCAGGCCAGCCGGCCGGGGCUUGGCCGAGUGGCAGGGCCCUGCCGGCCUCUUCCUGGGCAGGCGGCAGAGCCCCUCGCUCCCCGAGACCUCCUACUUCUCGAUGCUGCACAACUGGUACGGCCAGGAGAUCGUGGAGCUGAGGCAGAGGUGGCUGCAGAGGGCCUGGGCCAGCCGGCCGGAGCGCGAGAAUCGGGAUGGGCACUGAGCCCCGGUCCGGCGGGCAUGGCCCUUAUCCUGCCGGUCAGGACACUAGGGCCAGGGCUUUUUCCAGAUUUUAAUGAAUGUUUUUUUUUUUAAGUGACUUUUUUUUUUUUUGAGAGGAUUCUUUCUUUCCUGUUUUUUAGGCUUCCCCAGGUUCCAGAGCUACCCUUGUGCCUGGAGGGGACUGAGGAGUCAUUACUCCCAACUCCUUUAUUUCCUGAGGCCCAGGGAGGGGGAGGGCCUUGCUCAGCAGCCCCAUGGCCAGACUCAGCCUCCUCCCUCUGUGCUCGGCCCCUCUCUCAGGGGAUGCUAAUGAAAUGGAGGAAGUGGGAAAUAUUACGUGGCCGUAGGCUGCCGUGCCCUGUUACCUACACGCCCGACUCUACAACCACAACUUCCUACACAGGGAGUCUUGUGUACCUUUAGAUACCAGAAGUUGGGUGAAGUGUUAGUUCGAGGGACUGACAUUGUCAGAGAAAGUAGAUUUAUUGUUAUGGGGGUUUCUGGGGCCCAGCUCUUCCUGAGCGGUGGGGCACAGGACCCCCACUCUGCAGCUUGAGUGGGGCCCUUUGGAGGGAGAGGGCCUUCAGCCAGCAACGAGGGAUUAAUUCUGCUCGGAGAGUGUUGGGGCUCCCAGCUUCUCUCCCUGGCUGCCAUGUCUAUAGAUGGUGCUUGUCAUCGCCCCAGGAGGGGCUGGUGGCUUUUCAGCGUCAGCAGAAAUCCUUCCUGUAUUCUGUCUUCAGAUGCCAGCUCCUGGAGCUGCCAAGUGGGGAGGCCGUGUGGCUCCCUGGGGAGGCCCCUCAGUCCAGGGCAUUCUCGGAGCUUGGACACAGGCUUCCCAGCACUCUUCUCCCGACUGCCCUCCCAAAGAGCUGUUCCUGAUCCUGAACCCGGCCUGGGAACUCCUUCAGCACCCUGUUUGUCAGCCAGUGCAUGUCUGCCAAGACCCUCUCAUGGCUCCUCUCAGCGGCACGGCCCCAAGUGUUUUAUCGAUGGUUUAGGGUGUCGGCGUGUCUGGGUGGAGAGAGCCAGCAGCCAGCCCAGCCUGAGCCCUUGGGUGUGGCCGCCGUGGCCGGUCGGGGAUGCAGAGCCUGGGCCGACGGGCCCCUCUCCACACACCCAGUCGGCCCCGAGCCUCUCCGUCCCCUCUUAGCAGCUUGGGUACACGGCCCCGGGCCGGACCGGGUCUGGAGGCUUCGCGGGCCCAGGACCCCGAGGCUGACCCAGUCCCAAAGGCUUGUUUCCCAGGAGGCGGGGCGGCCGCCUACCCAGCCCCCUGCUUCAUACAGAUACCACAGCCUUUUGUUAUCGUUCUUACGGUUAUUACAGUGGUUUUUUAAUAUACGAUUAAAACACUAAGUUUUUAUUACUCA